UCAACUUUGUACACACCAGGUUUUUCCAGAGGAAAAUUGUCCUUAGGUGACCGCAAGAACUGUGCAAUUUUCCUGUGUGGGGUGAAGAUAGUUUUUACAGAGUAAUUGUUUAGUAUUUUAGAGAUCUUAUCUGUCACUCCCUUUACGUACGGCAUAAACGCUGGUUGUCUCUCUACGCGAUGAGUGAGGUGCUUGGGUUUUGCAUCCCGUUUAUUAACGUUAACUCGGUAACCAUUUCUCCUCAGGACUCUCUGAACAUGGUUCAACUCCUGUACAAGAUGAGAGGAGUCACACAAAGCGUGUGCUCGAUUGGUUAGGCAGAGGGAGUAGCGAUGGGCAGUCCAGUGGCACCAGUUGUGGCUAACAUCUGGAUGGAACAUUUUGAGCACAAAGCCCUCGCUGCGCCCCCAGUUCCCGUUAAAAUUUGGAAGAGGUACGUGGAUGACGUGUUCUGCGUAAUAAAGGGUAGCAAGGAGGAAGCUGAUCUGUUGUUACGACACCUGAACAGCGUGCAUCGAUCCAUGUCGUUCACAUUGGAAAUGGAAAAAGAUAGGGGUAUUGCAUUUCUUGAUGUGAGCUUGAAGGUUGGAGCCGAGGGCAUGCUGGGACACUCUGUCUAUAGGAAACCUACGCAUACAGAUCCAUCGAAGCCAUCUGUGCGCGCCUCUGCAAACAUGGUCGACGCGCUGCAGAAACGCGGCAGUCUCAACAACAUCCUAAACGCAUUAUUGUAUUGGAUGCGCAAGUUGAGCAAUGCACAAGAAACAAAAACAAAUUAA